AGUUUCUCAACCUCCAUCAUGGACCGCGCGAAUCUCAUCGCGACACUCGACGCAACGAGACAAACUCCCAGACGACCUAUCGUGACCCUCGCAAAUUGCGACAACGCAUGGCUCACUUCUAUCCCUAAACCUUCCGGGGCGACCGGCGAAAAGGGUUUUUACCACAUCCUACAAGACCCUUGGCUCUUUGGCGUCAACGAUGUUCUCAUCAGCUACUUUUUGCGGCUGUCACUCAAGGAAAAGUCGGCACUAGAAACAAUUGAAGCCUGUGAAGAUAUGGUCCGACAGAUUGAGGAGGCCGUGGGAGGCUCAAAGGAGGACGACGAGCACUGGCUCGAUGCGGUGACCGUCACCCAUACCAACCCGGAUCACCUGCACCAACCGACGCUACGAACAUUUGAUCCAUCACUAAAAGUCUUUGCCGUAGAGGAUGCCGCCGCCACGAUCUCUACAAUGAAGCAUUUUGACAAUGUCUACGUUCUUCCGGACUUUGUACGUAACCAAGCGUGGCCUGCUACGCCAGAGAUGCCCGAAUGGUUAUCCAUUUUCCGGCUUGAAGACGAGACCAAGCAGUACCCGAACCUUUACCAUGCCAUCGUCAUCAAAAUUGUAGCUGCGAAUGGAGAAAACGAGGUCAUUUUGUACAGCCCUCACGGAGUUGACCCCGGUAUCGUAGAAGCCGCCAUGGAGAUGGACCCCGAUGCCAAGGUCGUUGCAAUGACGCAUCCGAUUAACGAGGCUGGUGUUGGACUCAAGUCCAAGGGGGUAGCUAAUGCUCUGAGAAUCCAGCGGAAGCAUUCACCAAAGUACUGGAUUCAUUGCCAAGAGGGAAUCCAGUAUACCGGGUUCCUGACCUGGUUCUUCGACUUUGGAGACAAGACUUUGGAAAUAGGCUUGGAGGAAGAGGCCAAGGAAACCAAAGAGGAGCUGCCUAGGCCCAACUAUGUGACUAUCUCGAACGGCGCAGGGUUUGUUCUGGCAUGAAUAGGGCUGUGUGAAUGAUAUGGGCACUAUUGGCGUUUGAAGCUUCACCACGCAACCAACCACGAUGUAUCUGUAUUUCCAAAUAGUCCAAUCGAAGCACAAAUGACUUGCAAACUAGGCGCACAAGAAAAAAAAAAGCAAG